AAACUAGUAGUCAAUAACGGAUCAUUCAGAGUGAACGAACGAUCAUGUUUCGUUUGAACGUUCUGGAAAGAUGUGUAUAUAAUCGUAUCGAUGGAAUACGAGAAAAAUGUUUCGAGUUAUUACGUGUUGGCGUGCGUAAUACGUCGACCCUCAACGUGGCUAAUCCAAAGGUUAGGUCAAGACGCAGGAGUUCUAUAACGUAUUCAGGAUGUUUGAUCGAUUCUACUACGAUAUCCGUUGGUCUCCUCGGACUAUUUCGAGCUACGGUGCGUCGUAUGUCCACAGCAACGAACUUGGAUAAAGUAAAGAAGACCUGUUUGUACGAUCUUCACGUUAAAAACGCAGGAAAACUUGUGAAUUUCUCGGGAUGGCUGUUACCGAUACAAUACAAAGAAGCGAUAGCUGUGUCUCAUCAACAUACAAGAAACUUCGCCUCUAUAUUCGACGUAGGUCAUAUGAUGCAAACACGCGUUCAGGGAAAAAACGCGGGAGAAUUUCUCGAAUCUCUGACUACCUGCGAUCUGAAGAAAUUGAAAGACGGUGGUGCCACGCUUACUGUAUUUACCAACGAGAACGGUGGUAUUCUCGAUGAUUUGAUAAUAACCAAGGACAAGGACGAUCAGUAUUUCCUCGUUUCGAAUGCUGGAAGACGAGAGGAGGAUACUCAAUUGCUUUUACUACAAGCGGAGAACUUUAAGAAGGAAAAUAAAACGAUCGAUUUGGAAUUUCUCGAUCCCCUCGAGCAAGGAUUAAUAGCACUGCAAGGACCAAUGGCAUCUACAGCCCUUCAGCCAUUGCUCAAAAUCGAUCUAUCCAAAUUGCGAUUCAUGAACAGCGUAAUAACCGAUGUCUUAGGUAUUACCGUCAGGAUAUCUCGUUGUGGAUAUACAGGAGAAGAUGGUUUCGAGAUAUCAAUACCAGAAAUAAAGGCACGCGAUCUAGUGGAGGAGAUCCUCGAGAAUCCGGAGGUGAAACUCGCCGGACUUGGUGCUAGGGACAGCCUAAGACUGGAGGCCGGACUUUGCCUCUACGGACACGAUAUCGAUCACAACGUCACGCCAGUUGAAGCUGCCCUGAAUUGGUUGCUAGCGAAGAGAAGAAGAACCGAAGGCAACUUUCCAGGUGCCCAGAGAAUUCUUUCGCAGAUUAAACUCGGCACGACGAAAAAAAGGAUUGGCUUGAUAUUAGGACAAGGGCCACCUGCUAGAGAAGGUGCGAAUAUAUUAACUCCAGAGGGUGAACGAGUUGGUACCGUUACUUCCGGUACACCAAGUCCAACUUUAGGUCGUCCAAUUGCCAUGGGCUAUGUACCACCAGACCUGGCACAAUCUGGUCAAGGUAUAUUAGUAGAAAUUCGAGGGAAGACUUACAAGGCAACCGUGACUAAAAUGCCAUUCGUAAAGACCAAAUAUUACACGGCUAAAUAAGCGACAAUUAUCUAUAAGAAUUAUUUCAUUGUUGUGUGCAUGUCUUUUUUUUAUAUUUUAUAAGAAUAAAAUUAUAUAUACUGUAGGAUCCGUAAUAUACUGUAGGAAUAUGCUGUAAAUAUAUUUCUGUUUUUGUAAAGAUA